AUGAAAGUUUGUGUUUUCAUUCUCAUAAUAGGAUUAGUUCUUUGUAACUAACUUAAUGGAUAAAAUAAUCUUAGAUAAGAAUAUUAAUUUGCUCCUUGGAGUUUGGAUUGUACAAAUAGAUGUUAAAGUGCUGGAGGAGUUGUUUGUGGAUAUGAAACAUAAGUUUGUUGCAAAUCAGUAUCAAGAUGAAAGUAUUUUGAUAGGGUAGAUGUUAAAAAGGUUGGAAAUCUGAGUAAUGCGGUAUUUGGGAUAGAAUUCACGUUCUUAAUUGCGUUCCAGGACCAAGCAGCAAAUGAU